CGUGCGCAUUUCCUUCCCUCCCUCUCGGCCUCCGAGCCCGCCCGCGGUGCCCGGUGCGCGGCGCCCGCGGCUCCGCUCCGCGUGCCUUGCCCGCCGCCACGCCGCUCCCUUCCCCGCCGGUCCAUGUCCCUGCCUGUGGUGCUCCCGGGCUCCUGCUGCCCGGUGGCUGGGCUCUCGGGCGGGCCGCAGGCCGGGGGUUCGGGCGCCGCGGCGGCCGCCGCCCAGGAGCCGCCGCUGCCCCCGCUGCGGCCGCGCUGGCCCCGGGCGGCGCUGCAGCCCCCGGUGCGGCCUCGCUGCGCGGCCACCGGCGCCGGGGUGCUGGCCGCGCCGCCCCCGCUCUCCUCCCGCCGGGCGGCCGCCGCAGCCGCCCGGGGCUCCGCUCUCCUCCCCGCUCGCCCGCUGCUGUCGCUCGGGCUGCUGCAGCUGACCCUGGGCUGCUGCAUGGUGGCGCUCAGCUUCGGGGCGCUGUCGCUGAGCAGCUCCCCGCAGGUGAAGAACUCGUGCCCGUUCUGGGCGGGCUCCUCGGUGAUACUCUCAGGAAUCAUAGGAUUAACAACUUGGAAACGGCCUAUGAUCCUUCUGGUGAACCUCUUCGUGCUGCUCUCUGUGGUGUGUGUCCUCUUAAAUUUAGCUGGAUUUAUCUUAGGCUGCCAAGGGGCCCAGUUUGUGUCCAGUGUGCCCAGGUGUGACCUGGUGGACUUAGGUGAAGGCAAGAUUUGCUUCUGUUGUGAAGAAUUUCAACCAGCCAAAUGCACAGACAAAGAGAAUGCCUUGAAGCUCUUUCCAGUUCAGCCUUGUAGCGCUGUUCACCUUCUACUUAAGAAAGUCCUUUUCGCUCUGUGUGCCUUGAAUGCCCUGACCACUACUGUUUGCUUGGUGGCAGCUGCCCUUCGCUACCUCCAGAUAUUUGCAGCCCGGAGAUCCUGCAUCGAUGAAUCUCAGAUUUCUGCAGAUGAGGUGGAAGAGCAUGGACGCAUCCCGGACCCUGAGGACUUUGUGCCCCCAGUGCCUCCGCCUUCCUACUUCGCCACGUUGUACUCGUGCACACCCCGGAUGAGCCGCAGGUUGGGUGCUUCUGAUGUUAUUCCACUGCCACAUAUCUAUGGAGCACGAAUCAAAGGUGUGGAAGUGUUCUGUCCUCUGGACCCCCCACCUCCAUAUGAAGCUGUGGUAUACCAGACGGACCAGGAGCAGAGAUCUGCUUUCCAAGUGCCAGAAAGAUCAGAAGAUGCCACAAGUCUGUUGGAACUGCCAAUCUGCACACCAGUGACUCAAGGUAGGGACAUUCCUAACACACCUGGAGAAGAAAGCACAUCCGUAUCAGUUCCCAACUCUAACCAGCCACAUCCUCCGUGGAGCCAGAAAGCCCUCCAGCCUCUGAGGACAAGAUCGAAGAGCGACCCUGUGCUCCAUCAUUCCGUGGAGAGAGCUGCCCCGGUGCUCAGCUGCGAAGCCGCAACUCAGACUGAGGGCAAACCUGAUCUGGCUGAGGUGACUUUGAGGAGAGGUUUGAGAUCCAGAGCUUCGAGAUGCAGACCACACUCCUUAAUAGAUUACAAAUCUUACAUGGACACCAAGCUGCUGGUGGCGCGGUUCCUGGAGCAGUCCUCCUGCAGUAUGACCCCGGGUAUCCACGAACUCGUAGAAAACAUUAAGUCUGUCUUGAAGUCUGACGAGGAGCACAUGGAGGAAGCCAUCACCAGCGCCAGUUUCCUGGAACAGAUAAUGGCCCCUUUGCAGCCCAGCGCUUGCAGGGCCCACGCGCAGCCCUCGCGGAGGCAGCCCGGCCUGCUGCACCUGCAGAGCUGCGGGGACCUGAGCACCUUUGUCCCGGCGGGGAGGCCAAGAGCCGAGAGGAGGCCCCAGCGAGUGGAGGCCGAGCGGCCACACAGCCUCAUUGGUGUCAUCCGAGAGACCGUCCUGUGAACCUGCAGGGCCAGGCUCCCGCAUCGCCAGGAAAGCAAGAAGGAGGCAGCCCAGCGCUGGAGGGUGGAAGGCGGCCCCGAGGGGAAGGAUGCCCUUGCUCCUCACGGCUUCCUGGCUGGGGUUGAGCUUCCCCUCGUGAGCUCCCCUGAAGGCAGGCAUUUGGGAGGACAUUCGUGCCUGCUCUUUGCCCCCCCCUUCCUGCUGACUGAGGGCAGUCAAGGAUGCCCGAGCAGCUCCUGGCAGGCUCAUCUGGCUUCUGGACGCCCCCACUGGGAGGCCAUGAAGGCAGCGUCUCUCUGGCCUCUACCGGGUCACAUGCCCGCUGCGGGCAGAAACCGGGCUAAUGAGUCUUUGCCCACCGCACCCCCCCGUGGCUCACUUCCUGGCCGGUUCUCUCCCUCCUUGGAAGGACAGGCCUGUGGUUCCGGACCCUGCAGCCGUUCACACUUGGCACGGAAGCAGGGUGAUUAACCUCCAUGUUCUGCAAUCGUCAGCCUCAUUUUAGGUCACCCUCAAAUCACGCUCUUUAGGAAAAACAGGAAACUUUUUCAGUGACAAAUUGUAAUGAAAGAUAGGGAGAGCUUUUGUUGAUUACAUUUAUUCCUGCCUGCAAAACUAGACUGCUAAGACAGAACUGAGAAUAAAAAUGUUUACAUUAGACCUCUGGGCUCGGUGUAGGCAUUUGUGUACCUGUAGGGGCCAAGCCUUACCUUAGGAGGGGUUUGGAGCUUGGAGCACCGGUAGUCAGGUGGUCAGGUCCAGGUAGGUCACCAAACCAGUUUAAUCCUGGAGGCACCUAACCCCUGUGGGUAACAAUAUGUCUGUCAUUGAACCAGCACUUAGCUGUAUGGCUUAAUGGAGCUGCCUUCUAGAGGGGCCAUAAGCAAACAGUAAAGUGAUUGCUGAUUGAGGAUUAAUUCUGAGAAGGAAGAAGUGCAGACGUCCCUGGCUCCAAGCCAGCAGGCCACACUGGAGCAGAGGUGGAAUGAGGAAGAGGGAAGACCGUUUGGAGGUGCCCAGCUGGGGUGAAAAGUGGCUGUGGGAACAGAGCUGGAAAUGAGGACAAGUGGGGGGCCAUCAAGGUGGAGUUGGCCCACCUUCCCAUUUGUGGAGGAGGUUUAUAGGGGCUCCCGGUGUCUCUGUUCUCAUCUGCCAACCCCAGGCACUGAAAUCCUGUGCAAGUGAGUGUCUUUCCGUUUCCCCAGAAGUCCUCCCUGUCAGCUCCAUAGCUGUGCAUUGGGGGUUGGCCGGCUUCCCUGUGCUCUUUGAGGGUCUCUGGUGUGUUCGUUACAAGCCCCCUGCCACCCCCAGAGCCCAGUCUGGUUGCUUUUUCCUCUUCUGCUGCUGUUUGUUUCCAGCCUGGUGUUUCCGGGUGAGGCCCAGCUGGCCAGCAUGCUCCUCCCUCAGGGAGGAUAGGACUGGCCUUACCCAACUCAGGCAAGCUGGCCUUUCUCACCUUUCUAGGCUUGCAUUUUCCCCCAACUCUGGGAGGACAUUACAGGCUGGUUUUUACAGUCUCUCAGUGAGUGUUUGCGUCUGAUUGGCGGGAUUUCCCCAAGACUCGUUCUUUGCAUGUCCCACCUAAUGGUGAGGUUUGGGGCAGGCUCCAUGGCCUCUACCUGCAUGAGGCUGCUCAUAUUUACCAAAAGAACCAGGCAUUUGCUGAACAGCCACACUGGCUGGGCUGUCACUCCCCUUCCUGCAGAGGAGGAAACAGGCUCAGAGCUAAGAGCAGAGCAGCUGCCAGAAAGCAGUACCUCUGAUUCCCUGCCCAGCGUCACUGGUGCAGCUCAAAGCUUCUCCAACUAUUUGGGGUGAAGGGCCAGUCUUUUCCCCCUCCAAUCUGUCAUGGACCAAAAACUUUUGUAAAUGGUAAUGAACUGACUGAAAACUCUGAGUUGGCUUGGGCUGCUAUAAUAGCACACCUAGCCUGCGUGGCUUAAAAAACAGAAACAUGUAUUUCUUUCAGUUCUCAAGGCUGGAACGUCCAGGAUCAAGGUGCUGGCAGAUUCAUUGUCUGGUAAGAACAGCCACAUGGUGGGGAGAGCGAGCUCUGGGCUCUUGCUCUUCCUCUUAUAAGGGGAACCAUGGGGGCUGUACCCUCAUGACUUCACCUAAACCCAAUUAUCUGCCAAAGGUCCCACUUCCAGAUAAGGCUUCAACAUAUGGAUUUUAUGGGGACAUAAGGACUGCUUUAUCAGGAAAACAAAAAUAUAAUAAUAAAGACAUAUAAAUUACAAUCCUGUUUUAAAUAGAAUUAUUUUUAGUGCAGUUUUAAAGCAAAAUUGAGCAGAAAGUACAGAGAUGUCCCAUACCUGCUCCCCCACAUGAGCAGUCGACCCAGUCAUGAACAUCCCCACCAGUGGUGCAUUUGUUACAAUUGGCGAACCUACACUGACACAUCAUUAUCACCCUAAGUCCAUAGUUUGCAUUUGGGUUCACUCUUGGUGGUGUGCAUUCUGUGGGUUUGGACAGAUAUGUAAUGAUACGUAUCUACCAUUAUAGUAUCACGCGGAGCAGUUUCUCUGCUCUAAACCUCCUCUGCGCACUGUUUAUUCAUCCCUCUCACCCCUCCACCUCUGGCAACCACUGAUCUGUUUACUGUCUCCAUAGUUUUGCCUUUUCCAGAAUGUCAUACAGUUGGAGUCAUACAGUAUGGAGUCUUUUCAGACUGGCUUCUUUCACUUAGUAAUACGCAUUUAAGGUUCCUCCAUGUCUUUUCCUGACUUGCUGGCUCAUUCAAACCCCUUUGUAAGUUGUUAAAGUCAGUAGUCUUACUCAAUAGUCAUACUAGUACUCUAUCAAAGUUAACAUUUCAAAACACCCUUACUUUCUGAAUUUGCUCUUGUUAGGGACCAAGAGCAAGGGAUUCUUGGCCCAGAUCUGUGACCCACACUCUGAGGGUCCCACUCCAGUCUGAGCCUGUUUUGUGCCUAGGCCCAGGGGACACUGAUGAAUACCAGGGUCAGAUGUGGGGGUACAUACAUCCCCACUUCUGUCUGCACUCAGGUGAUUCCUAGGGCUUCGGAGAGCUGAGGCUGCCCUCACAGAGCAGUGCACACCAUGAGGUCCAAGGUUCUGGCAGUCCUGCAGGAUUAGGGAGAGCUGGCAGAGGAAAGAGGCAGCUGUUGCCACCACCCAGGGGAGUAGGAAUGCGGGAAGCAUUGCAAGGGAGCACAUCUCCACUCCUACCCUCCAAACACAGCAGGAUGCAGACAGGAACAACGAGGGGGCUGGGCUAGGGUAUCUUGUGUACUGAUUUUCCUCCCUGGGACCUCUACAAGAGAAGCCAAGUCUGGGUCCCAAAGGCACUACAUUCCUUCUAUUUCUCUCUCUCUGCAGGAGCCUUUAUCUUCUCCUUUAUCCAGCAGGUAUUUAUUGAGCUACAGAGCAUCAGGCAGCCAGCCAGGUGCUGAGGAGAGAAUGCUGAGCAGGUGAGGGGGACAGACAGAAAAAAUAUACAAAUAAUAAUUGCAAAGUUAUAUUUCUCUUAGCUGCUGCUCCACUGCUCCCAGGCCCCAAGCUGGGGAGGACUGGACCCUCUCUUGGUUGACUUUGAAGACCAAAGGUCAUGAGUCUGAUUUAUCAGAAGCUUGGUUUGAAGGCAUCCCUUAUUCCUGGUUGUGAAUGUCCCAGGGUGAAGCUCUGUGGACCUGGGUAUGUGACGCAGGCUGUCUCCAUCUUGUGACUGUUAAAGAAAAGUUACUCAUGACACCUGUUAAAGAAGGUAGGAAAGAUUCUCUUGAAGCAGGAACUACUACAAUGGGGUUUUGCAGUAGGGGAGUGAGAUUAACGCUGAAUACAAUAAGGAGAAGUGCCAAGGAGUAGGGUUGGGGCCAGUGGGUUGAAGAUGACUAAGAGGAAACAUCAGAGCUUGGGGAAUUGUUGCCAGACCAACUCAACAGCACUCUUGCUGAAGGUAGACCAAGGUGAUCAGAUACCAAGGGUGGGGGGUGAGGAAUUUGAUCAGAUACUGAGCGGGACGAGAUAUGAAGGGUUUAAUUUCCUAAAUUGACUUGGCAGGUUCUUGCUAAAGCUGGACUGAGCAGGCCUAGGAUAGAGCCCAGUGUAGGGGCCUGGUCAGAAAGAGGACUCGGAGGACCAGACUCAAGUUUGGCCAAGGAGUCUUUGUCAGAAUCCGAUGAGCACCUCCCUUCUGAGUGGGGCCCUCUGGCUGCACCAUGUCCCUGGCCUGUAUUGUCUCAGCAGGAACAAUCAUUUUUUCCAGCAACUGGCAGGAUUCUUUAUGUUUGCCCUAACAAAGGAGCUAGGGCCCCAAUUCUGGAUGAAUCAUCAUUCUUCUCUUGCGAAGUGUCUGUGGGUCCCAGGUAUAUGGAGACUUUCCCAACAUUUUUAGAUACUGUGCAUGAAUUUUGACCCAAAAGGAGCAUUUUGUAGUGGGGUGGGGAUACACAUCAGGCAGGAGAGGAUCCAAGCAAGAAGUGUUGCUGGAAUGGAAUUACUUAGUUCUAGUAGGAGCUGUUCCUCUCACUGCUCCAUAUCUGCUUGGUGAGAGCAAGCAGGUUUUCAGCAAUAAUCAUAAACCACAAGAUCAGAGGUGUCAGGGAUGGAGGACUGCCCCCCUGUUUUAUCGAUGAGGAGCCCAAUGUCCAGAGAGGUAAACUGGUUUGCUGAAAAUCACAUAGCCUGCAGAUGUCAGAAUGCUUGAACUUUACCUGUGUCUUCUGCCUUCUGUCAUAACAGAUUUUUCUUCCCUGCACUGCAGCAGCAUGGAACUGUGGGAAGGUAAAGGAAACAUACCACAGGAACUUGUAAGGAAUUGAAACAUUAAUUAAAGUAUAUCACUUAAAAAUAGUUAUAAUGACUAACAUUUAUUGUGAGGCCUUCAGAGCUGUCUUACUAACUUAGUUCAGGUAAUCUUCACAAUAACCUUCACAAGCCACCAGUUCUCAUGACUUGAUUUCUCUUGUCUAAUUGCAUUGUCUGAUUAUCUCUAGUACAUGUUGAAAAGUAGUGGAGAUAGUGGACAUUUUUUCUUUGUUCCUGAUCUUAGACAAAAUGCCUCUCUGA